AUGUUCCGACUAAUAAAUCAUGAAGUCUUUUGGAAACACGAAGCUAGGGAUCGCCGACGAAGUGAAGUAUAUGCAACGCUCCCUGAGGUGACGAUAUCCUCCUUCACAGAGAUCGGCCAGGUGGAGGAGGAGAUCACUGUGCCACUACAACGGGCUUACACCGGUCAAAAGCCUGUGAUAUCAGCCUCCCUCGCUGACACUCCCUGCGCUAACCUCGGUCUUUGGCGCCUCUUGGAUAAACUCAACAGUAUCCUUGGAACAUCAUAUACCCUGGACAUGUACACCUUCCCCUCCGUUCUCCAACACGGCAUCAAUAUCAAUUCCAACUUUGGCACUAUCUACAGCUUCCUUCGCACGGUAUGGUACACUGAUGACUGGAAAACCAUCCCAGAGGAAAUACAUAAAUGCAAAACCAAGGACCAGACCGGCCGGCAGAACAUAUUUAAUCGUGACUACAUUCGCAUGCCGAAUAUGAACCCUAGAUUUGUCUGGGAUCUGUACAGUAAUCGUGUGGUACCAUUCUGGGUAACCUCAAUGGAACUAGUGUGUCCGAUAUCACAUGCUUGGGUGGACGAGAAGGAUCGCAUAGACGUGUGGACGCCCAUCAACGGAUACCAAUGGCCCGUGCCUAUCCCAAAGGACACCGAUCUUAAACUCAUCCGCAUCGAGAUGCUCAAUCUCGGCUUGGAGUAUGUAUGGUUGGAUGUACUCUGUUUGAGGCAGAGAGGAGGACCAAGGGAGGACCUACGUGCAGAGGAGUGGAAGUUGGACGUACCUACUAUCGGGCAUUUGUACAGCCGAAAGGAGGUGGUUUAUUGCUACUUGAGUGGGCUGGGGCGACCAUUGAGUGUGGAGGAGGGCGAUUUGGACAGCGAUCGAUGUUGGUUUAAUCGUGCAUGGACGCUGCAGGAGAUCGGUCGUAAGAGAAAAAUUUGCGGGGAUACACUGAAUGGUCCGCUCCACGCAAAACCAGAUAAGGACGGGAACUAUGAGACCGAGGUUCUGACGAAGUUUCGAAAAAAAUUGGAGUCCUUGGAUGAGAUCAUAUUGGAAGAUCAUCAUCUUACUGAGCACGAUAAUUUAUUCAGGUUGCUGGCAGAGAUGAAGGAUCGGGUGUCGACCAACCCAGUGGACAAGAUUGCGGGGUUGGCAUUCCUUCUGUGGCCCAACAUGCUACCAGUAUACUAUGAGAGUCAGUCUCUCGAGAAUGCAUGGUCAGCCUUGGUAGACAAUGUAUCACAGCUAAGACGAGGAGCUCUGUUCUUUCUGUAUCCUGAACCAGGAGAUGCAGGUGUAGUAUGGCGACCAUCAUGGCACCAAGUUAUGACGAGGCCUCUCCAGGUGGAUAGGUACUACCCAGUCUUCCUUGAUGAUGAUGAAUGGGAAUUCCAUGACCUAUUAGAGGCACCCUGCAUUGAAAAGGGCACUGUGCAGGGAUUGGCUGUGGUAGAGGAACCAGGGGAUCAUCAAAGACAUGGGCAGUUGCUUGUCGAAGAUAAGGAUGGGUCAAAGCACAUGUUCAACAUCAUUGCUAAUCACUGGUAUCCUAUACCUGACGGAACUUACACACUCAUUGGAAAUAAUUCAUACUGGGUAGUCGGGGAACAACUGCCAUGGGACUCAUUUGAAGAACCGUUGGAGGAACAUGGAAAAGAGUGUUCACACAUUGAACAGUCACAGAACUCAUUUGAGAAAUAUGUAGGGGAGGUAAUGAUGGAUGUGCAGUUUAAGAAACUGUCAGUGGUCAGUAUAGCCACUCGCGAAGAAGAAGAGAAAUUGAAGAGACUGAGUGUUGCUGAAUAUUGUCACAUCUGGCUGGUUUAA